UUUUUUUUUUCAUUUUUUUUUUUUUUUUCACCCUCGGUUUCUUCCGCCACACGCGGGGAGGGCGCUACUGGACGAUGUUGAUUCAUUCAGCUUGGCGUUCAGCUUGGCGUGAUGGAUGGGCGCUAUGCUUGAUCAACUCUGGCGCGCGCGCUGGGUUUGCGUGGCUAGUCUAUGACUCUGAUACCGGCCUAGACGGGAUAGCCUCGAGCUUUGCGUCACUUGACUGUCGCGAAAGCAUAGUGCCAAGUUGGGGUGUGCCAGGCUGGUUGGGUAGAUGGACAGCCCCUCUCUGGUAGGUAUCUUUCCGAAGGGGAGGGGAG